AUGACCAAUAGGAUCAGUGUUCUUCCGGCAGGCUAUCAUGGCAGCGGCUAGCUGAGGGAGAUAUGUCGUAGUUUUCGUUCGAACAGCUUCUUUCGGUGGCGAAGAAUGGAUCAGAAGAGGCGCCCAUUCCCAAUGCUAAACCUGCCACCUCGCUGCCGUUUCGUUAGCGCAGUCGAGAAGCAUUCCCUAAGCGUCCGUGCCGCGCGAUGCACGUAAAAGCGAGCGCUGGUCUUUGCCUCCCUGCACUAGUGCGCGUCAACAGCGGUCUGCUCCGAUAGACGAUCUGCCGACGGGAUGGGUGGCAAACAGAGCACGACUACGUCUAACCCGCGCGUAUCUGCGGGCUCCGGCGAUACGACAGGAGCGACGGCGGCGAACGCCGCUGCAGGUGGAGGACUGUCUUCCCUGCUCGCAGGUGCCCACCACUCCUCCAGCAGCACGGAUGCAAGGCUUCGGGCGCGCAGCCUGUCGAGCGUGCUGAACCUGCACCCGGGCCAGCCCCUGAGCAUUCCGGCCUCUCAAAGUGGCUUCGGAACGCCUGAGUCGCCGCCAGAGUCCGGCUCGAGCACUCCGGACAGCACGCCUGUCGGCCGUGUCUUCGCAGCGCACUCACUGCCUGUGCAGCUGGUCUCAUUCAACGGUAUCAAGUGCCCCGUCUGUUCAAAGUUUGUUCCGCCUGACGACGUAGAGUGUCACCUUGUCAUAUGCUUGACAAAACCAAGGAUCAGCUACAAUGAUGAUGUGCUCACAGAAGACAAGGGAGAGUGCGUCAUUUGUCUGGAGGAGCUUAAACGAGGGGACAUCAUUGCUAGACUACCAUGUCUCUGCGUCUACCACAAGAGGUGCAUUGAUGCUUGGUUUGAGGUGAACCGCUCCUGCCCCGAGCACCCUCUGGACUGACGUUGCUGUCGCCCUACGUUUCUCUUUGUGAACUGCAAUGGAGCUGCCAAAUCUGGACCUGUUGUCUACUACAUGACAACCACACGAUCUCACCAUGGACAAACUAACAAAAAAGAGAAAUUAGGUUUGAGCGCAGUUGCACAUUGCACAUCCCUGAAAGACAAGAUUGAAUGGCAGAGUAAAACUGUUGUUUUUAUUGGCAUCUUGUUGAUUUUUCUUGCUGUCAAUUAUUUUGUAUUGGAUGCACUAUUCUGCAACAGUGUCUAGAUAAGUUCUGUCUAGAUAAGCCAUGAACUUUUGCAUGACUUGAACAGUUCUUGCUGUGACAGCAAGUAAUAUCUACGAAAUUUGCUGUGCCUUGGUUUGUGCAACAUAGUGGUCAAGAGUCCGUGUCUUCUGAUUGCCAGCCACAGCAGCCCAGGGCAAUGCUAAGAUGAGCAAGCAGCAUGGUUUCUUGCGACGUAUUCUCUAGUUUUGUAUAAAAAUGAGAAAAUGAGAUGCAGAAGGCAUGAAAGGGAAUUCCAGGAACCUGCGUUGGUGCUGUGAUGAUCCAUAAGCUGUUGUGUGUUGCCCCGUUUCUGAUAUGGCAAACUUUCCCUCCUGAAGCAUGUAAAUGUUCUGCAGCAGAACUGCUGCCUUUCGUAAAUUUGUUGCGUAUUCUUGCUCCCUCGUUGGAGACAGUGCACCGUUUUCCUCAGCUGCUCGCUUUCUCAAAGUGGAACACUCUGUCGGUGCAUCGAGUCAUGUUGUUACUCGUUUGUCAAAUCGCCUUGAAAAAACACUACACAUGUCACUCCCCACAUUUUUUAUACAUGUACAUGAAAAAUGGAAGUGAACAUUCUACAGCUUUCUUUUUUAAUUGCUGCUUAUCUUUUAUAAGUUUCGUAGGGAAUUUUUAGUUCGUUGGCAUCAAAUCUGGGACCCAGCUCGUAGAGUUGUCUCGAUUUUUUUUUCUUCACCCGCCAUUAGACGUUGAGCCCAUUGGCCAUAAUUUGCACAUUACAUCUCUAGUUAUUUUCAGUUACAUAGAUGCAGAGCAGCAGCAGGGCAUAUUAAGUCCUUUGGUAAUGUAACCGGUACUAAAUUUGCCCAAAGUGUAGUGAGCCACAUGCAUAAUUUUGUUCAUCUCUGGUGCCAUACCACUAGUUACUAUGAUUUGUUUGUAGUGUCGUUGGAUUCAUUUCUGAUAACGAGUUCAUUCAGAGCUCGAACUUCCCUCUUCCCCUCCAACCACUUUUUUUUUCUCUCUAGCUCUAACCUUAACUGAGAGUUUGUUGGUUGCCACAGGCCUUGUUGAUAGUGACCACUAGCUGGUUUAGCUUUCCUUCUUUAGUGCCUGCUUGAUAAGAGUGUUUAUAUUGGUAUGCUGAUAUGAUGUGAAGCACCAUUAUCUGGCAGUGAUGUGACCAUAGUGCUGUGAUGGCAGUGCUACAGAAGAUGCCUUAAUGUCUCGUGCUCUGUGGCACAUGCAUCGUGGCACUAGUCUGAAAGAGCAGAUGCAUUUUGGCCUUUGUUGGGUUUUUUUUUUUUCUAUUCAGCGGGAGCACCGUGGCUUGGCCUCUUGUGGGUUUUGCAGUGCUUUUGUCUGUAAUGGGACAUGCUUGAAGAAGAAUUCUGUGAAUGUGCCGCAUACGAGGACACACUUCAGUGAUGUUGGCACAACCACAGUGUCUGCAGUCAUUAGCAUUGCAUUGUGCCCCAAAGUGCAAUCGGUUAAAAGUUGUGUGCGUGCACGUGUGCUUGCUUGCAACAUGGUAACAUCCGAAGGACAUUACACAAGCCAGAGUAUGACGUUCCUUCACGUUUCCUAUGCCCCUUUCUCCACCCCUCCUCCUUUUUUGCUGCCAUCUAAGUACCACACGCUAGGCAGUGAAGUUAGAAUUCGUACAAAGUGUUUGCUAUGUACGUGUGAGAGAGGUUGGUUGUUUGAUAUAGGGGGAGUGAUAUUUUUUGUAAAGUUCUGCAGUACUAAAUUGCCUGUAACUGCUUGUAGCAUAUGUGUGCGUGUGUGUGGGUGUGAAUAUUGUGUAUGAAUAUUAAAAAAAGAAAUAAAAGUAUAUCACAUUUUUCUAACUUUCA